AUUGGAUUAGAGGAGGGAUUUCACUGUGGUAUUAAUCUGACAAGACAGCAGCCGGCCACCCGGGCUGGACUCAUACCGAGUUGGGUUGUACUGCCAGUGACGCUCGCUUUGCUGCUCCACUGCCAUCAGGAAGAAACAUGAACCUGUUCUGCUUCUCAUUGGAGGGCUCAAUGGACAGCCUAUAUGAGGCUGUGCAGACAUCUGGUGACAACCCACCGCAAUCAAUCCCAAGCCGCUCCUCCAGCCGCUCAUGUAGUCGCUCGUGCAGCCCGGCGCUCUUGCUGGACAACAACACAAGGCAGAGGGGGUCUGGAAGAUCCAUUUCAAUGGAAAUGACAACAAAACCACAAAUCAACACUCAUAAAAAGAAAAGAAGAACACAAGUAUCCAAAUCUGCAUCAGACAACGAAGCACUGGCAGAUAACUCCUGUAAUGCGGUGGUGUGGAAGGUUGCCAUGAGCCCAGAAGAUUUAGUCCACACCAGCAACAAUCAUAACGAAGAAACGAAGAGGACAAAACACAAAGUGGACCUGAAAGGAGGGAAAUCAGCACAUCAUUCAGGUCCCAAAAAGAGGGAUAAAAAUACCCCAUGUCAGAACAGCAACACCAAAAGAGCAGCACCGGACUCUAAACAAGUAGCCAAAAGGAACCAAAAACCUGGGAAGAAAUCAAAUGGAAAGAAGGGGAAAGAGGGGGUGAAGAAAAGUCCAAAUAUCACAGUACAUCCGCCAGCAGGAGCCACCAGUCCCCAAAUGGGCCCACUCUACCUGAAUGUGCCCUACAGGUCUGACAGGAGGCCCCACCUGAGUAAGUUCUCCACCCUUCCAAUACAAGAAACCACAACUCCAGGCCGCUGUAACGACAUGAUCAGCUUGCCUGGUGGUGCCACGCCUACUCACUACCACAACCAGAACCAGCGCUGGAGCAACCCAGCUGAUAACAGUCCCGUCUGGGGCACUGUCCAGCACACCUGCCGCAGACCGCUCACAGAGUACCAUGUUUCCUCUGAUGACUUCGGUCUGCCUCAUAGAAAUCAGAUGCAACAGCUGGAGGACAAGGAGGGCACUUUGACUAUGGACUUCAAACUCCAUAUUCCACCUAAAGUGACACGGUCGUUUAAUGACUUGGAUCUCUUGGAACCCAACCGCUCCACAAGCUUUGGCAGGUUUGAAGGGCUCAGACAUAAUCCAUCUCCGGCCAAUACAGAGGAGAAUGGAACAGAUACGCCCUCUGAAGAGUGUGAGAGCUUGGAGCCAAACAAGUCAGCUGGAAUUGGGAAGAAAAUGAAAGCAAUUUCACUCACCAUGCGCAGAAAAAUGGGCAAAAAGCAUGCCAAGUCCUUUUCUGAGGAGAUGAUUGAAGACAUGGGGACCGAAACUGCACCUUCAGCUGAAAAGAACUCAACAAGGGCCAGCAACUCCCUGGAAAGUCUUUACAGCGGCCAAAGUUCUUCAAGUGGAGUAACCAGUGAGUCCAAUUGUUCUGGUCAGAGGGACAGUCUGAGAUUGGAAGAAGAUGGUUCCUAUCAGGGUCAGUUUUGUGGCAGAGCUCGUGUCCAUACCGACUUUGUUCCAAGCCCUUAUGACACGGACUCUCUCAAACUUAAGGCUGGUGACAUUAUCAGCAUCAUCAGCAAGCCUCCCAUGGGCAUUUGGACAGGGAUGCUCAACAACAGGGUGGGAAACUUCAAGUUCAUCUAUGUGGACAUUUUGGUGGAAAAGGAAGAAAAAGGAGAAGGUGAUGACAACGACGAGGCUCCCAAAAUACGACAACAAAAACUAUGUCAAAGACCUCGACCCAAAACGUUGCUGGAGCUGCUGGAGCGACUAAAUCUGGAGGAAUACGCAUCUGCCUUGCUGCUCAAUGGCUACCAGACGGUGGAAGACCUCACACACCUGCAGGAGAAACAUCUCAUCGAGCUCAACGUCAAAGACCCCGAGGACAGACGCAAGUUGUUGGCUGCCUCUCAGUGUCAUUACUCAGAAGGUGAUGAUGUCAGAAAUGUGGAUGAAAGCAAAUCUUCGGGCGGUUUACAGGAGGAAGACAGCGACUGUCCCAGGGACUCAGGUUGCUUCAUUCCAUCCGAGUGCUCAGACAGCAAAGAAGAUGCUGAACCUCUCAAAAACAGUGUGGCUUCUUAGAGUUCUUCUUAUUCUGACAGACGCAUACAUUAAAAGAUGAUAUGGACCUUCCUGGACAUUUGUAAAUGUUUCUUAUGCACCCUCUUUACAUUUAGAGUCUCUUGACUUUGGGUGAUAUGUUGAACAUCAAUUUGUCACAAAUAUUUUUAAUGAUAAUCUAUCUACAUGUAAUUCUUAUUUCUAGUGGGUUUAUUUGUGUGACAUUCAAAAUAUUUGCUUUAUUGUAUUUAUUUCCUUCGGUAUUUUUACUCCCCCCUUUUCUCUUAUUAGAAAAAACAAUAUUCUAUCUUUUCAUCAUGUCUUGUUAACUACACUUUUCUAAGAAUAAAAGAAAUCCACGAGUAAGUGGAAUAUUUUGUUGGCAUGGGAUUUGGAUAUUAGUGUAUAUUAAGUCCAAAGUUGCCUUUUACUGUAUAUAGCUGCGUACCAUAUGUUGUGUGCAGGAACUUAAAAAAAUGUGCAUUUGUGAAUGGCAGAGAGAGAAAAUUAUGACUGAGUAUUUCUGUCAAUGACCAUGAAUAAAUUGCCAACUAUC